GAAGUGGAAGUCUGCUGAGCUCUGUCGCGUGGUGCAGAGACACAAUGACCUGCGUGUGUGCGGCGAAUGGCACUCGUGGCCACGUCUAACAUGGGCACGCAAGACGUGAGCGGACAAUGUGGCGGGACUCCUUCAGACUGCAAAUCUUCUGCCUGCUCCUGGCAAUCCUGGCUUUCGUGGUGCUGGUCCAUAACUUCCUUCAGUUAGAGCACCUAGAUGAUGCCACUGUUUCAGGGUCAAGCUGGAUAACAGAAAACAAUGAUGGGCAAACUCUGUCACGGAGCACUAGAAUUGCCAGGAAGCCUUACUGCGGCUAUGAGCAGCAGCGUUUGUCCAAGAGAGAGCAAGCAGAAGAGGAGUCGUUGCUUGCGGCUCUGCUCUGGCCAAAACCUCCUGACGACGAAAUCCCUUUUGUGCAAAGCACUGAUCCUGCACACAGUGACUUUGUGAUUGUGAAACCUGGUGCGCACUUCAAGGUGGGUGAUCAGCUAGAGGUGCUUGUCCGGAUGAAGGACUUCCGAGGAAAACCCAAGCAGUACGGAGGAGACUACCUGCAGGCACGGAUUCACUCUCCUCUGCUGAAAGCUGGAGCAGUGGGGAGGGUGGUAGAUUGCCAUAAUGGCUUUUAUAAGGUCUUCUUUACUUUACUGUGGCCAGGGGAGGUCAAAGUGUCUGUGUCGCUUGUCCACCCGAGUGAAGCAAUCCAGGUGCUCCUGCGCUUGCGAGAGGAAAGGCCAGACCGAGUCUAUUUUAAAAGCUCCUUCAAGUCGGGGAGGUUUUCGGAAACCACCGAGUGCAACGUGUGUUUGCCUGGAGAUCUCCCGGUCUGCAACUUCACAGAUCUCUACACGGGGGAGCCCUGGUUCUGCUACAAGCCACGGAAACUCUCCUGUGCCAGUCGAAUCAGUCAUGCCAAGGGGGGAUAUCAGAAAGGUCUUCUGACGCAAGAGGAAAGCCUCUUUUUUCAGAGCGAUGUGAAUAUCAAAAUGCCAAUAUUCCCCAGUGGACCUGAUGCAGUGACUGUAAAGCCCAAGGCAUUUACAGAUUCAAGUGCUAGGGACAUAGCUGAAGAUCCCAAUGUUUCCCCUUCCGGUUAUUAUUAUCAAGACCAGUGGAGGCCCAGAACACACAGGAUCCAUCAUUUCAACGAGUCGGAGGAUAUUACGAAGUGCYUGCAAGGAAAAGUAAUCCACUUGUUUGGAGACUCCACAAUAAGGCAGUGGUUUGAAUAUCUGACAGCAUUUGUUCCAGAUCUUGUAGAAUUUAACCUGGGGAGCCCUAAGAACGUGGGCCCGUUCAUGGCGGUGGACCUGAAGCGCAACAUCCUGCUGCGGUUCCGCUGCCACGGGCCGCCCAUCCGCUUCACGACGGUGUUCAGCAGCGAGCUGCGCUACGUCGCCAACGAGCUCAACGGCAUCGUGGGCGGCAGAAACACUGUGAUAGCCAUAACUAUAUGGUCCCACUUCAGCACCUUCCCCGUGGAAGUCUACAUCCGGCGGCUGCGCAACAUCCGUAGGUCCGUUAUUCAGCUGCUGGAUCGCAGCCCCAAGACCGUAAUCGUCAUCAGGACGGCCAAUGUUCAGGAGCUCGGGCCCGAAGUGAGCCUCUUCAACAGUGACUGGUAUUCCUAUCAGCUUGACUCUGUCAUGAGGAAAAUGUUCUCAGGAAUUGCUGUGCACUUUGUGGAUGCCUGGGAGAUGUCUCUGGCUCAUCACUUGCCCCAUAACUUGCACCCAAAUGAAAUCAUUGUUAAGAAUCAGAUAGAUGCGUUUCUAUCUUACAUAUGCCCGCUGCAGACUUAGCACAAUUAGGUGUCCCUGCUGUCAGGUCCUACUGUAGCCGAGGUCAGGUUGCUUCUUGGCAGGGCUAGUGAGCAGUGCUGGGUGGUGUGGARGGACCCUGGGCACUGGGACACUGCUGGAGUGUCCGGCUGCCCUUUGCGCUGGGAGCUYUUGAGGACAGUGGAGUUGGCUGUUCAGGCCACAUCAUCCUGCCAGGUUGGUUCCUUUCAGCCAUAUCAUUUGUGUCUGAAAUUGUUAGUCGACUCCUCAGACUGAACGGAGAAAGUUGGAUAGGAAAGCAUGUGGCUUGUUGGCAUCACUGGCUGCCAGCACUGCCUGCCUAAUCUAUACAAUGCCGAUUCUUGCUGCUCAGAGGUGUGUGAAUCCUGGGAAAGAGGGUGCUGGGGGGCAGCCCUUCUCCCCCAUUCCCGGGUUGGAGAGACGUGUCCUCCCGGCGUGUGUCAGGGAAGCACAGGGUGCCGUGACUGCUGCUGUAUCGAGGCCCGAACAAGAAGGCUGAAGUGGGUGUCCUAAAGCUGCUAAUACCAAUAAAGGCAGCACAGCUAAAGCUCCUGUAAUGCUUAUCAAGCCGUCAAGGGUGGCUGUUGGGAUUUCGUUUCAUAGCACGCCAGUCGGGCACCCUGGGUGUUCCCGUGUAGCUGCUAAUAGCACAAAUUGCCAGCACUUUAUUGGGCUUCCUGCACUACUGGUGCCUCCUUGGAGCUUGGAUGCAGUCUGCUUCUCGCUCUGUCUGUGAUGGAGAAACGCGUGUGCGACUGUUGCAGCCAAGAGGCCAUCUCAGGAGCUUCGGGAAGCGGAAAUAAAAACGGCAGCAGAUGUGGCUGCUCCGAGCUUGAGGUACUUGCUAAUGACAACGUUUGCUCUGUCGGGCGAGUCUGCCCUGUCCCGCUGCGGCAAAGCGGGGCUGCCGCCUCUGGUGCUGCUGCUUGAAGGCUCUUGCUUGGGUUUCAGGAAUGAGUAACAGGACCUGACGCCUCGGUCCUGCCACGGCUUCUGCAUCCCUUCCAUGGUAUUUGGCUCUUCUUUUAUCACUCAUUCAUCAGUGUUACCAAUACAAGGGGUUGAAAAACUCACCCAAAAAUUGAAUGUCCAGUGUCAUCCUCCAUAUAGAUGCUUGGUAAAUGUUUGAUAUUUGGCUAGAGUUAAAGUUGGAGGCUUUGCGGCCUCUUGGAGUGGUGYUUUCUGCUGCUAAUUUGAUUGAAGCUCUGUCUAGUUUUAGUUUGUUGCACUUUGGUUUGGUGAUUUGAUUGAAAUCAGCCUGCCAGAAAAACAAAGUAGAGGCAUCCAGCACUGUCCUAUUUCUGAGCCUGCUCCAGCCAAAGGUCGUCUUGGCCAGAGGCUUUGCUAAAACGCGUGUCAAGUCAGCAGUGGAGUCCUUCCCACGAGGCUUAUCGUGCCUAAAGAAGGUGUGAAAGGCAGUCUUCAGAGCCAACUGAGAACAUGAAAAUUACAGAUAAACUGAGAUAAACUGGUGGGCUGCAUGCAGUGAAGUCGCUGAGAUUCAUCAUCUGAGAAAUGUUUGCUGCAUUUUGUGCUGCAUUCAGGAAGAUUGUGCUCUUAUUGGUAGAACCUCAAGGCAACUCAUGCUGCCAGCUGCAGGGUCUUCCGCUGUUUGUUCAUUUUAAAGGACAGCUGAGAACUGUUCUCAAAUGUCACUGCUUUUAGCCUCUCAAAGUCAGUAGCACCUGUGUAUAAACUCGCUAAGUUUAAGAAGUUUAAAAAUGACAAGAGGAGAUGCAUGCACUCGUCUUUCCAGAGCACUGUUAGAAUUUGCCAGUUAUUUCUGACAACUGCCUUGCAAAGCGGCCAUAUAAGCUACAAUAUAAGUAGCUUUAGGUAAGUUUUUCUUUCUUUAAUGUGUUAAUGGGAAUUUAUGCUCUGCUAAGAAGAGACCGCACCAGUUCAGGGCUGAGGAGGUACCAGGAACCACUAUAAUGCAAAACGAGCUUUCAUGUUUUCCAAGUGUGCUCUUUGGAAUGGGCAGACUGUCAGGCUUUCAUCCUGCAUAACAAAUCUGUGCAAAUAACUUUAAUAAACGGGAGGCUCCUCAAGCUCAGACUGUGAAGGAAACUACUUAAUUUGUGGACUAACCCUUUGGUUUCCCUUAUAAAGCCGUAUUGAGCGUGCAUGUGCCGUGGCCUGAGAGCUGCARUGCUCACUACUGUUCCUCAACAGCGACUCCUUAUAGAUCUUAAUAAUCAAGAGUACAUAGGUAGGAAGAAAUCUCCAGAUGUUUUGAUGAUGAAGGGAGGAAGAAAUUAGAUUGCUCUUCACAGCAAUGUCUAAUCAUCUUGUGGUAGAAUCUCUUUUAGAUUAACUAGGUUAAUUCUUUUUAAUAACAGAUUAAGUUUUAGGUCAAGAACUUGAGGGAAAUUGCCAGUUAAUUUGGAAUGAAGACCAAUAUUUUAAUUUCUUUUGGACUCAGAAAUAGGAAGGAGAAGGGGAGUAUCUAAAGGGUUAUUAAUGUUAAAAUUCAGUGCAGCUGCAGACGUGGUUUUGUUUCCCUUCAUCUCCUCCUGUCACGGGCUGCUCCGGUUGCCUAUCCACCAUGCAUGGCAACGGAGUCACAAGCAAUAAUACACUUAAAAAUCACUUGCUGUCUUUAAGCUUUUAAGCUUCUAAAUGGAUUUUAAUGGGGACGUAGGUUAAGCUGCUGGUUAUUUUUUCAAGUUGAUUAAUAUGAAACAGGGCUGGAAGGGGAUUUCUGGGUUCUCAGGUGUCUUCCUUCUUGUGUGAAGUCAUCUCUGUCACAAGACUUUCGAUGCCUUUUUUUCUAUUUCUUUCUGUUUUCUUCAGCUGAGGAAAAGAAUUUUUAUGUGAUACUUGCAUUCCCACCCUGAGCCUUUUGAUCCUAAACCUUACGGGAGCAAGAACCCGCCUGCCUUUUCUUAUUUAUUAAUUAUUAUUAUUAUUAUUCAAUACUGAGCUCACUUCCAAGUCUUUUUGCUGGGAUUUAUGUUUUCUGGUGUUCAUCAGAAGAUUUCAGAGCAAUUUAUGAAGGGUUGAUGUGAAGUGUAAUCCGUUCUACCAAUGACACUGCACAGUGAUUUUGAAGCUCAUGAUCAUUUUGAGAAACUUUCUGUUGUGUUGGGCAGGUUUAUUAGUGAAAAUGUUUGUUUAAUUGUUCGGGAAAAGAGAAGCUAAAAAUGGGAAACUGCCAUUUAAAUUUUUUUUUCAAAUGUUUCUCAUUCCAUCCUUUCUGCGCAAGGGCAUCCUUUGGUUUAUGGGAUUCAAUAUAUGUUAAUUGUUACAGGGAAGGGUUUUAAAAAUGGAAACUUGAACCAACUACAAGGCUCUGUGUGUGGCCUUAUGUGUUACAGGGGACACCUUCAUUUGCCUGUGUGACAAAACUGAAGAUCUGAACUUGUCUCCUGGGAGGGUUGAGGGUAUUGGGGCUCUGCUUAGUCGCAGAAGGGUUUCUUAAAAUGUUUUUGCACUCAUGAUAGUUUAAGUACAGCAAAAAGGUUAAGUCACAAAUGUAUA